GGCGCGGAAAAGAUGACGCCAGUAGCGUCGCAGCAUCUGUUCAAGCCGGUAAAUCUGAUAAUGUUAUCAGAUUCAAUCGGAAUAAGAAAAUGACAUUGAAAUUUAAAAAUUAGAUGAGAACGUUUCUGAAACGCUCAUUUUUCUUUCAUAUUCGUAUAAAAUACAUAUGUAUGUAUAUAUAGGACGACAAUUGGAUACUUCAAUUUCGCUGGUCGCCUGAUUGCGGGACAAAGUCCGCAAUAAGCAUGUCGAAUUGCAUCCUGAUUGAAAUUUGACGAUUUAUUACACGGAUUUGUCAUACAUGAUCGGAACCGCUGCUUCCCGAGUUUGAUCCGAUGCGAGCCUGUUAAUCAUCGGCCGAUGCUAUGAACGGAAGAAUGAUAAGGUUAUCUAAGUGUAGGUUCUUCCACGUGUGCAUCAUUAUUUAUUGAAGUAACGAUAUUCUUGAGUAAAAAGAAAUCGCGUGGAACGGAUCGAACCAGAGCAAGGACUCUGCUUGACAAUGACGGAGCACGAGCAAAAUGCUAUGUUCGUGCGCCUGAUGUCGGCAUUAUUUUACGGGCUUUCGUCGUUUAUGAUAACGGUCGUCAACAAAACCGUGCUCACAUCGUUCGCCUUUCCGUCCUUCCAAGUAUUGGGGAUCGGCCAAAUGCUGGCGACGAUAUUGGUGUUGUUCGUCGCCAAGAAACUACGUUACGUCGAGUAUCCUAAUUUGGAAGUGACGACAUUCACCAAGAUGUGGCCGUUACCAUUGAUAUACAUCGGCAACAUGAUAUUCGGACUAGGCGGCACCAAGCAGUUGAGCUUACCGAUGUUUACCGCCCUGAGGAGAUUCAGUAUCCUCAUGACGAUGAUCGCCGAGUACUAUAUCCUCGGCAUUAAAGCACGCAUGUCUGUACAAUUGAGCGUUUACACCAUGAUUCUGGGUGCAGUGGUGGCUGCGCUGAAUGAUCUCGCUUUCAAUCUUGAAGGCUAUAUUUUUAUCUUGUUGAACGAUUUUUUCACUGCCGCUAAUGGUGUUUACAUGAAGAAGAAGUUAGAUUCUAAAGAAUUAGGAAAGUACGGACUGAUGUAUUAUAAUUCUCUGUUCAUGCUGGGUCCAACAAUCCUGUUGGCCUGGUGGAUGGGUGAUAUAACCUCAGCGUUAGAAUUUCCUGAUUGGUCGAAUCUAUUAUUUAUUUUGCAAUUUGUUUUAUCAUGCAUAAUGGGCUUUAUAUUGUUGUAUAGCAUGCUCCUCUGUACACUGUACAACUCUGCAUUGACCACUACUAUAAUUGGAUGCUUGAAGAACAUAUGUGUAACAUAUCUCGGUAUGGUCAUUGGUGGAGAUUAUAUAUUUUCAUGGCUCAAUUUUGUAGGUUUGAAUUUAAGUGUAAUAGGUAGUUUAGUAUAUACUUGGGUAACAUUUCGUAAGAGGGAAACUCUGCAGCCAAAGUAUACUUUGUUGACUGAAUCUCAGACCAGUAAAAUACAAGCUGUACAUUAUUCUAACGGAAAUAAAUUUUACCUAUUAACUAGAGCACACCAUCAAACUUCAUUUUCUCCUCACUCGGUUUCAGGCCGUUUUGCGACCGCCUCGGCACGCGAGACAUUUCUGGAGGAUUAUGCCAAGCACCAUGUAUCCCUAUCCCCUCUGCAGCGUGUACUUCUCACGGCGGGCUCGGCGGCAAUAUCGUUGACGAAUCCGUUUCGAGGUGACAUGAUAGCGUGUCUCGGGGAAACUACCGGUACAAACGCCCUCGUGCAUUGUCACCGACAGAUGAAGAGUACAACUGAGGGUCAACGUAUACUCUCGCAAAAGCCACGCGUAAAUACGUCCACCGUCGAUCUCUCUUAUCUUAGAGAUCUGCCACCAGGAACCGUAGGCAGAACGUAUCGCGAUUUUUUGGACGACAACAAUGUAUCGCCCGACGAGAGAACAACGGUGCAAUUCGUAGAUGAUACCGAGCUGGCCUAUGUAAUGCAACGGUAUAGAGAGGUACACGAUAUCUUUCACGCUAUGCUUUUAAUGCCUACGACGAUGCUAGGGGAGGUGUCAGUUAAAUGGGUAGAGGCUCUACAGACGCGCCUGCCGAUGUGCAUAACCGGUGCGAUAUUCGGAGCUAGCCGGCUACGUUCUAGACAAAGACAAUUGUACUUAGAUUAUCACCUUCCAUGGUCUAUAAAUACGGGAUUGAACGCAAAGUUCUUGUUAGGAAUCUAUUACGAGGAGCGCUGGGAACAGUCUCUCGAGGAUUUUCACAGAGAGAUGAAUAUCACACGUCUCGUAUAAUCAAAAUAGCCAAUCAAGAGAUGAAAUUAUAGUAAUUGUUAAUAAUGACUGUAAAUAACUUGACAAUCAUCAUUUAGUUGAGAUAAAACGAAAAAUAAAGUUGUGGCAAACGUUCA